CACUCAUCCACCGUGCAGCCCGUGAAAAUAAGCAUUUAUUUACAAAUAUAACAUCAUGUACUAUUUCACAUUUGGAACUGAACUGUGUAUGUGUACUGUAUGUGUACGCUACACCCCUCCAUGCUUUUCCACUUCCUGUUAUUAUUACAUGGGAAAGAUUUUUUCAUCUUAAAUCUGACCUGAACAUGAUCUCAUCUCUUGUGCACUUGCAUCAUCACCUCUUUUACUUCUGGCGCCAUAAAACGGACGUGGCGUUCGGGUUCGGUAGUAAAUGAGUUAAAUGGGACCCAUCCUGUUUAUUUUAAUGGCUUUUAAAAUGCUAGUUUGUUUGAAUGCAGUACUUUAUUUCUAUCAAAAUGGUGGCAUUCCUCUGUUGGCCUUGUGUUGCCACUAGUCGGGUUGUUUAGGGUGUGGCUGGACUCCUUCCUGGAUCAACAACAACAACUAAUUUGGAAACAUUCAUGAUGCUGGUUGCCAUGCGGGACUGCACAUUUUUCUGCCAGCGCUGAUUUGCUAUCGUUGAGCUGGACUUAUCUGGAACGCUCCUCAAAAUAAAAGCACAUCUGCCGUGGCUUAAGCAAGGGCGACGCCAAAAAGCGUCAAAUUGAGAGAGAUGUGCCUUUGAAGAGAGAUAAACAAUGUAUGCUGUGUGAUACCGGCCAUGAAAGCAGCGACUUUUAAGCACUCCCAGCGAGGACACUUUGUAGCCGGCUUGAAUGCGACGGACACUUUGAGCGGCGAGAAGAAACAGCAUGCGAUGUUGGCGCAGGGGGAGAAAGACGGAACAGGACGAGGUCUGACGGGCCACAGUGGAAACGCCAACGCCUGCGAGCACAAGUACUGCGGCCUGGGCCGGCGCUGCGCUGUCAACCACGCCACGGGCCGAGGCGAGUGCGGCUGUCUGGAGCGCUGCAAGGACCACUACAAGCCCGUGUGCGGAUCGGAUGGGAAGCUCUAUCCCAACCACUGCGAGCUGCACCGGGCCUCCUGCUUGGAGCGCCGCAGGAUCACCAUCGUGCACGGCGAGGAGUGCUUCUACAAAGAUGACAACUGCAGGCUGAGCGACUACCGAAGGCUCAAAGCCAAGAUGCUGGACCUCUACGACAAAAGAUACAUGGGUUCCAAGGUUCACGGGGUCCACAGGGACAACAUGGCUGUCAGGAAGCAACUGGUCGAUAAAAUGUUCAAAGGCUUCGAUGCAGACGGGAACGCGCACAUCUCGACAGGAGAGCUUUCACAGGUCAUCAAGCACGAGGGUCUAUCCAAGGACGUGGGCAAGUGCUCGUUGUUCGAUCUGCUCAAGUACAGCGACGUGGACGAUGAUGAGCUGCUGACAAAGGAGGAGUUCUACACCGCCUUCGACGUGUAUCUGCUUGACCUCCCGGACCACCAGAAGGUUCUGGUGAAAACCGUAACCGUCGGCCAGAGCGCCGUGCUGACAUGCGCCAUCACCGGCGAGCACCGGCCGCCGAUACUUUGGAGGAGGAACCGUCAGUAUCUCAACUCCCUGAACCUCGAGGACAUCAACGACUUUGGCGACGACGGCUCAUUGUACUUCACCAAGGUGACCACCGCCCACAUGGGCAAUUACACCUGCCACGCCGACGGCUACGAUGCACUCUUUCAGACGCACGUUCUACAAGUGGACGUUCCCCCCGUCAUCCGCGUGUACCCAGAGAGCCAAGCCAGGGAGCCGGGCGUCACCGCUAGCCUACGCUGCCACGCCGAGGGCAUCCCCCACCCCCAGCUGACCUGGCUGAAGAACGGAAUGGACAUCACACCCAAGCUGUCCAAGCAACUGACCCUGCAAGCGAACGGGAGCGAGGUGCACAUCAGCAACGUGCACUUUGAGGACACCGGCGCUUACACCUGCAUCGCCAAAAACGAGGCGGGCGUUGACGAGGACAUCACUUCGCUGUUUGUGGAAGACUCGGCACGCAAAACCCUGGCCAACAUUUUGUGGCGGGAAGAAGGUCUGGGUAUCGGCAAUAUGUUCUACGUGUUCUACGAGGACGGCAUUAAAGUCAUGGAGCCAGUGGCGUGCGAGAUCCAGCGCCAUAUCAAGCCCAGCGAGAAGCUGCUGGCUCUGCAGGAAGAGGUGUGUCCCGCUUUGGAAGAUGACACGGUACAGAAGUGUGUGUGGUCCUCAGCGGUCAACGUGAAGGAUAAAUUUAUUUACGCAGCGCAGCCGACCUUGGAUCGAGUGCUCAUAGUGGACAUCCAGUCUCAGAAAGCUGUCCAGACGGUCAGUACCGACCCGUACCCUGUGAAGCUGCACUACGACAAGUCCCGCGACCAGGUGUGGCUUCUCAGCUGGGGAGACAGACAGAAGAACUUCCCAACGCUUCAGGUGAUCAAUCAGGCAAGUGGAAGAGUCUCCCAUCACACAGUCCACACGCAGCCGGUGGGAAGGCGCAUCGACCGAGUGGACGACUUCUUCAUUCCUUCGUCCAGCCUCAUCGACAACCACAUCAGAUUUGGUCUCAUCUUUCACCGAAAUGAGCCUGUCCUCCACAAGAUCGACUUGGAGACGCUGGCCUACGUGAAAAACAUCAGCCUGCGGGAUUCCAACUGCGUCCCCAAGUCUGUGGCCUACACCCACCUGGGUGGUUACUACUUUGUCAACUGCCGGCCCGACUCCACCGGCGCCACACGCCCUCAAAUUAUCGUAGACAGCGUGACGGAUAGCGUAGUUGCACAGAACCGGGAUGUCGUCGGAACGCCUUACGUGUCUCCGGACGGCCGCUACUUGGUCACCGUUGAUGACGGCGACGGCCUGAUGAGGAUCCAGACCAUCUCAGAGCGAGGGCAGAUCAGGGAACCGUACGACAUCCACACCAACCUUCACAUCUCGGAUCUGGCUUUCCAGCGUUCCUUCACAGAGACUCAUCAGUACAACGUGUUCGGAAGCUCCGGUCGCCAAACGGACGUUCUUUUUGUGGAGCUGAGCAGCGGCAAAGUGAAGAUGAUCAAGAGCUUGAAAGAGGCCAUCAAGGCGUACGAGUGGCCGUGGAGCGGUAAGAACAGGGUCAUGGUGGGCGGCGGUGUUUUCGGUCAGUACCUUAUGACCCCGUCUCGGGAGUCGCUCUUCAUCCUGGACGGGCGGCUUAACAAGCUCAACUGUGAGAUCACCGACGUCGUCAAGGGCAACGUGCUGGCGUGGGUGGGCGAGUCUUAGUCCGUUACGCCGAUCGAGUUUUUCCUCAGAAGGUACUGUUGCACUGAAUUCCUGUCGUUUCUAGAAUUUUGUGGGCGUGGAAGAGCGAGCGUCACGUAAUUGAAAAACCAAAUUGAUCCCGUGGAGUUCUACAGAUGACCGAUCGGAAAACGAUACCAUUCCAGUUAAUCACCGAGCUCUAUCAAAUGAUGCAAAUACCUUCUAAGAUCGGAACUGGUUAGAUCAGGAUUGUCUCUUUUAACUUCAACCAUCCCAAACUUUUCUUCCCGUGCCUUCAAAUAAAAACCCCCGUCCUUCAGAGGAAUUCAUGUAAUUAUUCCCGGCGCGCCUGCAGACUAUGCUGCUUUCAUCGACCCGUCCGUUCACGUGGUGGCAGAUCCGCUUGCUCUUUUCUAUGCGCCUGAUUAAACGAAGCCUGCGCUGUGAUCCCAUCCAGUUUGAAGUGGCGCCCGAGAGCUUCAUUACGACCGGGCGCUCUCUAACCUUUAAUCCCCAAUUAGAACCAGCGUUUGGGAAGUUUUCAUUUCAGCCCGAAGUGCGGAAAAUCAAAGUGUAUCGUUAUGCUACUUUAUGGAAAUUUAAAUAUGAAUCGGAAUUUUUUUUUUUAAACUUUAAAACUCCUGACCAAGCAUACAAAACGGGAAUGAUGUGACAACAGGAAGUGGAUAUUUGUGGUGUAGUAUGUAUCCACGCCUUGAGGCAAGUGGAUCAAGUGGGUACCUUUCUAUGCAUUAACAACCUUAGAACCCCCAACGAGCAACUGAAUGGCACAUUCCGAGUGGACUUCUGACGUGAACAUUGUACAUACAUCAAGUCAAUCUGUCUUUUCCGGACUUCCAUCCGUACAUCCCGUUGCAUCCCUUUCUCUUUCCGUCCAAACAGCGGCUGGUCCAGUGACUUCAUUACGCCUGUACAGAUUUAAAGCUAGCCAUUUUCUAAGCAAAAUACCCUGGUUAAGAUAAGACUCGCGUCUUCAUCCACGUGCUGUAGAAGCUUUCACGUCCGUGUAGUCAUGUCUUGUGUGCGUGUCCCCUUUGGUGCGAUUGCUAUUUAUAUAGAAACGCUUGUCAUUUUACUUCACCAAUAAAAAAAAAUCUGUACAAAUGAAA